UGGCCGAGUAGUCCGAUGACAUUCUUUGACGUGCCACCGAUGUUGAUCGUAUUCAUCUCGUUGGGUCGUUGGCUCGAACAUAAAGCCAAGGGCAAAACCUCGGAAGCGUUAAGCAAACUGAUGUCUCUACAAGCAAAAGAAGCACUACUAAUAACACGUGAUGAAGAAGGUCGAAUCCUUUCCGAACAGGGUAUCGAUAUCGAAUUGGUACAACGUGGAGAUUUGAUCAAGGUGUUGCCCGGUGCAAAAAUCCCGGUGGAUGGCGUUGUGGUUGAUGGUAAAAGUUCGGUUGAUGAAUCUUUCAUCACCGGAGAGUCGAUGCCGGUGGUUAAAAGAGAAGGGAGUGCAGUGAUAGGUGGUUCGGUGAAUCAGAAGGGUACGUUGAUCAUCGAAGCGACUCACGUCGGUCAAGAGUCGACGUUGGCGCAGAUUGUUCGAUUGGUUGAGGAGGCACAAACGUCGAAGGCGCCCAUUCAACAAACAGCGGAUCGUAUCGCCGGAUAUUUUGUGCCAACCGUAAUUGGGCUUGCCGUGGUGACACUGAUNUUGAUAAGCAAUUUCAAGAUCGAAUCAGCGCUGAAACGAGCAUUCGAAGCAGCAAUAACAGUGUUGGCAAUAGCGUGUCCUUGUGCGUUGGGACUAGCCACUCCAACGGCUGUUAUGGUCGGUACGGGUAUUGGUGCCCAUAAUGGUAUUCUUAUCAAAGGUGGUGAACCACUGGAAAUGGCUCAUAAGAUAAAAACGGUCGUAUUCGAUAAGACAGGUACCAUAACAGAGGGUCAUCCUCGUUUGAUUCGUAUUCACACGUUUGUAUCUCAAGCCACUCUUCCACUAAGGCGAAUGUUGGCCAUUAUUGGUUCAGCCGAAUCGAGCAGUGAACAUCCACUCGGCGCUGCGAUCGCCACCUUCGUUAAAGAGCAUUUACAAACAGACGAAUGGGCUGGAACGAAUAAGUUCCGUGCGUCAGCAGGCAACGGCAUAUCGUGUGAGGUGACGAACGUCGAUCAGAUGCUGGCCAGUUGUCGUGCAGACGUUCAAGAUUUCACUGAGAAACUUCGUAUUCAUGGUUCUUCGGUUUAUAUCGCACCGUACGACGUUGAAGUGGUUCAAGGAACUACCGAUGACGCGACAACGAAUGAGAGUUUAUUUGCGACGAAAUCGUAUCGGGUAAUGAUCGGAAACGAACGUUGGAUGACAAAAAACGGUGUGCACGUCGACGAGGCUGCGAGUAAAAUGCUGACAGAUGAACAACAAAAGGGACAUAUCGCUGUGCUAUGCGCUAUCAAUCGUAAGUUUGAAACUGUCGUCGUUUUCAGUUUUGAUUUGAAACAUUUUUAG